AUGAUUUCUUAUAAAACUGAUAAUGCUGAAAUAAUUCUUGGUCCGGAAAAAGAAGAAGACAUCAUUAUCAGACCAGAAAUGUUCGCAGAAAAUGAUGUUGAUCCAGAAUUGAACUCAAUUCUUAAUGAAUUACUUAUCAAUCUUGAUUCAGAUGAUAAUCCUCAAAAUUUACUAAUGGAAAUCGAUCAAAAACUAUCUCUUGUACAUUAUGAUAUUACUACCUUAAUCGAUGAAACAAACACAAUAAAUUUUUUGAUAGCAAUUCUCAUUCAAUCAGCAAUUACACCAGUAACAGAGCUAGUAUUACGCAUUUUAACUCGAAUCUUACAGGUUGCACCCACAAACAUUAAUAAUUAUUACAAAUAUACCGAAUAUUUUCUACCUAACAUUUCAAAUCCGAUUUUAAUGCCUUACGUUAUAAGUAUAUUAGCUUCUCUCAUUAUUAAUGAGCCAAACUUUUGCGAAUUAUUAGUUUGCAAAUAUAACAUACUCAGAAGAGUUUCAACGCUCUUAAUUAAUACAAAAACAGUUAAAGACAAAUCCAAUAUGCUUUCGUUUAUUUACAUUACAUUGAAGAAUUCAAAGAACUAUGUAUUACAUUCGUAUGUUGAUGGUUUCGAAGCAAUUAGCUAUCCAUUAGGUGCGGCCAAAGAUUCAAUUGAAAAUAAUAUCUCAAUUUACAUUAAUUUGAAAAUUUUUCAUUACAUUAUGAUGAAUUGGACUUCAAACUUUGCAACAUUGUUUGAUUCGAAAUUUGUUCAAAAGCUUUUAAGUAUAUGGAACAACCUAUUUCAAAAUCAAUGGGAGAUUCCUUUCUGCGGCGAAAUUUGCGCUAUUUGGAACCAAAUUAUUGUUCAAUAUCCAGACGAAUUCAUCCAAAACAAAUUAUAUAAGCAUGUUACAGAUGUUACAAAGCAAUUAAUUGAUAAUCCUGAUCUUCCUCACGCAAAAAUAUUAUUUUUAUUAUCAAACGUCGCUGUUCAUACAGAAUCCGCUCUUGAAAUAAUCAAUUCCGACAUUCUUGAAAAAUAUUCAGACCAUUACGAUGAAAUGACGUUUCCAAUGAAAGAAAAUUUUCUUUUUAUGUUUAUCAAUCUAAUAAGAUCAAGAGCAUUAAUAAUAGAUGAUAGUCCUAAAACAGUAGAAUAUCUAACAGAGGUUUUUGACCUUGCUUCGGACGAUUCUUCCGAAAAAUAUCAAUUAAAUACACUAAUAUUACUUGAAGAUUUUAUGCAAGAACUUUCAGAAGUUAUUGACGUAGAUUUUGUCCUUUCAAUGCUUAAUUGUUUGAUUGAUUCAACAAACGAAGAAAUCAAUACUUUAGCACAGAAACUACUUAAUGAAAUCAAUCCGGACAAUGAAAUUCAACCAAAUUAA